AACAGCCUGUAUCUUAGAAUAGCAGACAGAUCAAUUUGGAGAAAUUAUUCAUGGAAUACAUUUUUAUCUUUCAUUUCAGGAAAACUAUCCGGCUGGACAUCACCAAAAGACAUCAUUCUCAAAGUAGCAGACAUAUUGACCGUGAAAGGAGGCACCGGUUCUAUAAUUGAAUACUUUGGACCAGGUUGCGACUCUGUGUCGUGCACGGGUAUGGCAACCAUUUGUAACAUGGGCGCUGAAGUUGGGGCAACUACUUCAGUAUUUCCAUACAACAGUCGUAUGUCUGACUAUUUGAAAGCCACCAGACGAGCCGAAAUUGCAAACGAAGCCAACAAGUACAAGACUGUACUUCUUAGUCCAGAUGAAGGUGCGAAGUACGAUCAAAUCAUUGAAAUCAACCUGGAUACUCUAGAACCCCGUGUGAAUGGUCCAUUUACCCCUGAUUUGGCCAACCCGAUCAGCAAAUUGGGUGAAAAUGCCAAAAAGAACGAUUGGCCUGUUGAUAUAAAAGUAGGUCUUAUUGGGUCAUGCACCAACAGUUCUUAUCAGGAUAUGGGACGAUGUGCUAGCAUCGCCAAACAAGCAAUGGAGCACGGUGUUAAAUCAAAGAUUCCUUUCAAUGUCACACCUGGAUCGGAACAGAUUCGCGCCACAAUUGAAAGAGACGGUAUUUCUCAAACUCUGACAGAAUUUGGAGCAACGGUAUUAGCCAACGCUUGCGGGCCUUGCCUUGGUCAAUGGGACAGAAGAGACGUUAAGAAAGGAGAGAAAAACACCAUCGUUACAUCAUAUAAUCGUAACUUCUCUGGACGUAAUGAUGCAAAUCCGGCCACUCAUAGCUUCGUAACUUCGCCAGAACUGGUAACAGCACUGAGUAUUGCGGGAAGACUGGACUUCAAUCCUCUAACGGACGAAAUCGAAGGAGCGGACGGUAAGAAGUUCAAGCUGAAUCCUCCGUUCGGAGAUGAACUUCCCAGCAAAGGGUUUGACCCUGGCCAGGACACAUACAUUGCACCUGUUGAAGAUGGUUCUAAAUUGAGUGUUGAUGUAGACCCAAAAUCGCAACGUCUCCAAUUAUUGAAACCUUUUGAUAAGUGGGACGGAAAAGAUAUGGAAGAUAUGACUAUUCUCAUCAAAGUGAAAGGGAAAUGUACUACAGAUCACAUUUCUGCUGCCGGACCGUGGCUGAAGUAUCGUGGUCAUCUGGAUAACAUUUCGAAUAAUCUGUUUAUAGGGUAAAAUAUUUCUACAUCUGAUUUCAUAUUUCAAAAAUUGUGAUUUGGUUAUGACACAGUUUAUUUGAUAAUUCAGAAUACAAAUUAACACAUCUUUAUUCAA